GUCACCCCAUCACCGACUUCGAGUCAGGUGUCUUCGGCAGAUGACCCGAUCCAGCACCAAACUGUUUUCAAAGUAACACCGCGACUAUUUUAACCGAGCAGUGGCAAAACUGUCUCUUCAUCACCUUCACCCAUCAUGGUCUCUUCCCUGGAAAAGUUUUCCAGCGAAACCGUCCAUGACGAGCUGGCGGUCAGCGACAUUGACGAGCGCAAAUUACUGCUCAAGAUCGACUUGCAUGUGCUGCCGUACAUUUGUGUGAUGUAUACCCUGGCUUUCCUGGACCGUGUGAACAUUUCGAAUGCGGUCCUGUUCGGACUCAAGGACGACCUGAAGCUCGUCGGGAAUCAGUAUAGCACGGCUCUUGUCAUCUUCUUCGUCCCGUACAUCCUGUGCGAGAUACCCUCGAAUAUCUUGCUCAAGAAGCUGAAACCGCACAUCUGGUUGUCUUUCUGCAUGACCAUGUUCGGUCUUGUCACUAUGCUGCAAGGAUUCGUACAGAACUUUGGCGGUCUGAUGGCGACGCGCUGGUUCCUUGGGGUCUUUGAGGCGGGCAUGUUUCCUGGAUGCUUUUACCUCUUGGCGAUGUGGUACCGCAGAGAAGAGUCGCAGAAACGGUAUACGUUCUUUUUCUGCUCGACAACUUUGGCUGGUGCGUUCGGCGGGUUGUUGGCCAGUGCCAUCGGGAAGAUGGAUGGAGUAAGAGGCUAUGGUGGGUGGAGAUGGGUGUUCAUUCUUGAGGGCCUUGCCACGGCUCUUUUCGGUAUUGCAUGGUUCUUCUUGCUGCCUGAUUUUCCGGAAGAGGCGAAGUUCCUUAGCCAGGAGGAACGUGACUUUGUCAAGAAACGUCUGGCCGCCGACGUUGGCGCUUCUGCUCAUCAAGAGAAGGCAACGUGGCGCGAUAUUCUAGGUGUUUUUAAAGACUACAAGAUUAUCAUUGGAGGCUUCGCGUAUUUCGGACUCAUUGUGCCGGCAUAUGGAUAUGCUUACUUCGCACCGACUAUCAUCAAUCAACUAGGAUAUGGAACUAUCCAAUCUCAGCUACAUUCCGUUCCACCAUGGGCGGCCGCGUUUGGUUUCGCCAUGACAUUAGCCUUUAUCUCUGACCGCUUACGCCACCGAUGGUUCUUUACCUUCAUAUCCGGCGCCGUCUGUCUCAUCGGUUUCGCCGUACUACUAUCAGACCCUGCGCGGCACAGUGUCAAGUACGGAGCGCUCUUUCUCGCCGCGUCAGGUGCCUAUACUUCAAUGCCCAUCAUCGUCGGGUGGUUCAACACCAAUUUGGCGGGACACACGCGCCGCUCUGUGGGUUCGGCAUGGCAGGUCUCCUUUGGUAACAUCGGAGGAAUCAUUGCCUCGUUCUCGUUUCCGACGGGGGAUGGCCCGAGGUAUAUAAAGGGAUACGCGAUAUGCAUGGCGUUUGUGUGCUUAAGCAUGGUAUCAAGUGCAGCUUAUCUCCUUGCCCUCAUAUUUGAGAAUAGACGGAGAGCGAGGAGCAUACAGCCGGAGGUUACAGAGAAGGAAAGAGAAAGACUAGGGGACCUAAAUCACGACUAUCGAUACAUAUACUAAACUAUGGUCGGGUAAUUAUGUAUAAUGUCGGUCGGAAUAAAACUAUAGAAUUUUCGUUGGGCAGUUCCACCCCAAGCA